CGAGUCAUAUACUGGCAAAAAAAAUGGCACUAUGUUCUUCUAUGCGUGCCCAUUUGGCGCUACUACUUUGCUUCUGCUUGCUUUUAUCGGGUGUAAAUGGACGAUCUCGCAAGACUUAUAUUGUAUAUCUAGGCGACGUGAAACAUGAGCACCCGAACGAUGUAAUCGCUUCGCACCAUGAUAUGCUCACCGCUGUUCUUAGAAGCAAGGAAGAUACUCUGGACUCCAUCAUCCACAACUACAAGCAUGGCUUCUCGGGCUUCGCAGCACUGCUUACUGAAGACCAAGCUAAGCAGCUUGCAGAGUUUCCAGAAGUCAUCAGUGUGGAACCAAGCAGAAGUUACACGACGAUGACCACUCGAAGCUGGGACUUUCUUGGUCUGAACUACCAAAUGCCCAAUGAGCUUCUCCAUAGAAGCAACUACGGGGAGGACAUAAUCAUCGGGGUUAUUGACACCGGUAUCUGGCCAGAGUCGAGGAGCUUCAGCGACGAAGGGUACGGGCCGGUACCGUCACGGUGGAAAGGCGUGUGCCAAGUCGGAGAGGGCUGGGGCAGCAACAACUGCAGCCGCAAGAUCAUCGGCGCACGCUUCUACAGCGCGGGCGUGGCCGAGGAAGAGCUCAAGAUCGACUACCUGUCGCCUCGGGACGCCAACGGCCACGGCACGCACACGGCGUCCACCGCGGCGGGGUCCGUCGUGGAGGCGGUCAGCUUCCACGGCCUUGGCGCGGGCGCGGCGCGCGGCGGCGCGCCCAGGGCCCGCAUCGCGGUGUACAAGGCCAUAUGGGGCAGCGGCCGCGGGGCCGGGGCGGGCAACACGGCCACUUUGCUCGCGGCCAUCGACGACGCCAUCCACGACGGGGUAGACGUCCUGUCACUCUCCCUCGCCAGCGUUGAGAACUCGUUCGGCGCCCUGCACGCCGUCCAGAAGGGGGUCGCCGUCGUGUACGCCGCGACCAACUUCGGGCCGGCGUCGCAGGUAGUCCGGAACACUGCUCCCUGGGUCAUCACCGUGGCGGCGAGCCAGAUUGAUCGCUCGUUCCCGACCACAGUAACGCUGGGAAACAAGCAACAGAUCGUGGGUCAAUCCAUGUACUACUACGGGAAGAACUCGACGGGAAGCAGUUUCAGACCUCUUGUACAUGGAGGCUUAUGCACCGCCGACUCCUUGAACGGCACGGACGUGAGAGGCCAAGUUGUGCUCUGUGCAUAUAUCACUGCUCCUUUCCCGGUCACCUUAAAAAACGUCCUGGACGCCGGGGCCUCUGGUCUCAUCUUUGCUCAAUACUACAACAUUCAUAUCAUCUACGCCACAACUGAUUGUAGAGGCAUUGCAUGUGUUCUUGUGGACUUGACCACUGCCCUUCAGAUCGAAAAAUACAUGGUGGAUGCAAGUUUAAGCAGCUCUCCUGCGGCCAUGAUCGAACCAGCGCGCACCAUCACUGGUAAGGAGACACUGGCCCCAACCAUCGCAAGCUUUUCCUCAAGAGGUCCAUCCAUCGAUUACCCUGAAGUAAUCAAGCCUGACAUCGCGGCACCUGGAGCCAGCAUCUUAGCAGCCGUGAAAGAUGCAUAUGCAUUUGGCUCAGGGACAUCUAUGGCAACACCACACGUGUCGGGCAUCGUAGCGCUGCUGAAAGCACUGCACCCAAGUUGGUCCCCGGCUGCACUGAAAUCAGCCAUCAUGACAACAGCAUCUGUGAGUGACGAGCGUGGCAUGCCAAUACUGGCACAGGGAUUGCCCAGAAAGAUCGCUGACCCGUUCGACUACGGAGCAGGGCACAUAAACCCCAACAGGGCAGCUGAUCAUGGUCUCAUUUACGACAUUGAUCCUAAUGACUACAACAUGUUCUUCGGGUGCAGCUUCAGGAAACCCGUACUGCGAUGCAACGCGACGACGCUACCUGGUUUUGGACCCUUUGCUCGGCGCCAUAGGCCGUGGCGCCGAGCUAACACAGCCAUAGAGAUCUGAGGCAGCCGAUCACCGUGUCAAGAACGGUCACAAACGUAGGCGAGGCUGAUGCAGUUUACCGCGCCGCGAUAGAGAGCCCAGCUGGAGUCAAGAUCGACGUCGAGCCGUCUGUUCUUGUGUUCAACGCGACAAACAAAGCUGCCACGUUUCAGGUGAACUUAUCGCCUCUCUGGAGGUUACAAGGGGACUACACGUUUGGCAGCCUUACUUGGUACAACGGCCCGAAUGACAGUUUAUGAUUUCUAUGCAGAUGUUGCAUAAAUAUGUUGAAAUAUACAGGACGUAUCGUUUGGGUUAUUUCGUUUCUGAAGGGAAUAAAUUUCGAGAAUCUGGUGCCUCUAUAUAUAUUAUGGAUCUUUCUGAA